AUGGGCUGCUUCCCCAUGGGGAAGGUUCGGCUCCGUCCAGCUGCUGCUGUGGUCACCCACCCUGGCAAGACCAGCCUGGAUUACUACAGGAAUGACAGCACGGUGCUGUCCCUGGAUGGAAACCUGGUAAAUGACACAGAUUUCACAUGCGACAAGAGGCAGGUCAGGCAGUUCGCUCGAGCCUUCCUGCCAGUGUUUUUCUGGCUCAUCUUCUCUGUGGGCACAGUGGGAAACGCCUUGGUCGUGGUCGUCUAUUGCAAAUACCGCUUCAGGAGGAGCAUGAUGGAUCGGUACCUGCUGCACCUGGCCCUUGCGGACCUGCUCCUCCUCUUCACCCUUCCCUUCUGGGCCAAGGCUGCCUCCGAUGGCUGGAUCUUCAAGAACUUCAUGUGCAAAGUCGUCAACAGUAUGUAUAAGAUCAACUUCUAUGGCUGCAGCUUGUUUCUAACCUGCAUCAGCUUUGACAGGUACAUCACUAUUGUCCAGGCAAUGAAAGCUAAAACUGCUAAGCAAAGGCGGCUCCUGCACAGCAAACUCAUGUGCUUGGCUGUCUGGCUGACAUCCAUGAGCUUGUGUAUCCCAGAAGUCCUGUACAGCCAAAGCACCCAGGUGGGUGACAUAACAGUUUGCAAAAUUACAUACCCAUCAAACAUCAGCACGAUCUUCAGAAUUACUGUCCUGGCCUUGAAAGUCACAAUUGGAUUCUUCUUCCCAUUCCUUGUGAUGGUUAUUUGUUACGCCCUUAUCAUCAACACCCUCCUGCAAGCCAAAAGAUCCCAAAAGCAGAAGUCGCUGAAGAUCAUCACCAUGAUCAUCACCGCUUUCCUCCUCUCUCAGUUCCCGUACAAUAUUGUUUUGCUGGUCAAAGCCAUCAACAACUACACCAGGGUGGCGUACAGCUGUCAGGCUGCCAACUGGCUGGACAUCGAGCUGCAGGUCACCCAGAGCAUCGCCUUCCUCCACAGCUGCCUCAACCCCUUCCUCUACGUCUUUGCUGGAGAGCGGUUCAGGACGGCGCUGGGCAGGAUGAUGCAGAGCAGCGGCUGCUACUGGAGCAGGGGCCAAGAGCAGUGCUCCUCCACCUGCGACAGUCAGGAGCACAGCUCAAACUGGUCCUUUGCCAUGCUGGGCAGGCAGCGGGUGAGAAGCUCCCUGACACUCAGCACCCACUUGACCUCCUCCGGUAUGCCCCCACCUUGCCAAGUCCUCUUGUAA